AUGGAGGAAACCGGCCAUAGUAGCAAGGACAAGAAAACCGGCCAUAAACUCUCUAAGAAUACUCAUAAUUUUAUGCAGGAAACCAGAGCUUCACUUGGGAACUUGAAGAUUCACGUGGGUCAGUCAAGUAAGCAAGCAUCUGAGAAGCCUCCUAAUACUCUUUCUAGCGACACAAUACCUAAUCCAAGGGAGGAAUGCAAGGCCAUCCAUCUGAGAAGUGGUAAGGUAACAGGUUCAAAGGAAAAGGUUAGUGAGGAGCCAGUUGAAAAAGAAGCUCCAGAGAAGAAAAAUGAAGAGGUAGAGCAUGCCCCCUCUAGACACCUAGACAACCCGUUUCUGGUUGAUCUUGAGAAGUAUCUGGCAUUACCUAAGGCUCCUCAGAAGCUUCAGAUCAAUAUUCCUUUUGUAGAGGCCCUUGAGCAGAUGCCUCUUUAUGCCAAAUUUAUGAAGGAAUUGGAAAGAAAAGACAUCACUAUUCAGAGAGCUUUAUGUGAUCUUGGAGCUAGCAUCAACCUCAUGUCUCUUUCUUUGAUGAGAAAGCUCCAGAUUGAUGAGGUAAAACCCACUCGUAUUUCUCUUCAACUUGCUGAUCAUUCAAUUAAAUUUUCUCUUGGAGUUGUUGAGAACUUACUUGUGAAAGUUGAACCUUUUAUUUUUCCUACUGAUUUCAUCAUACUGGAUAUGGAAGAGGAUAAAAAUGCCUCUAUUAUUCUUGGGAGACCUUUUUUAGCUACAGGUAGAGCUCUUAUUGAUGUUCAGAAGGACGAAUUGAUUUUGAAGGUUAACAAAGAGGAGGUUGUCCUAAAUGUGCUUGAGGCUUUGCAACACCCUAAUGAUUCUGAAGGAUAUAUGAGAGUUGAUUUGAUUGAGCCUCUGAUUAAAUAUGUAUUUGAAGCUAAAGUGCUUGAUGAUAUUCUGGACUCCUCUUCUGAGGAUGAUUUGCUUGAGAUUGAUGAUUCACCACCUCAGAAGGAGAAGCCUCAAAUGCCUAGUACUGAGGAAGGGCCUUCAAAGCUUGAGUUGAAGCCCUUGCCUUCCUCCUUGAAGUAUGCCUUCCUGGGCGAACAUGAUACAUAUCUGGUGAUUAUUAGCUCCUCUCUGAGACAUGAGGAGGAGUAUGCGCUACUUCAAGUACUCAAGAGUCAUAAAUGGCUCUUGGGUGGACCAUUAGUGAUUUGA